AUGGUAAUCCAUGAAACAAAGGAAAAAGGUUUAUUUGCCUUAAUUAACAAUGCCGGGUGUAAUGAGGGCUUCGCUUUUGAAUUUACUUCAAGUGAACAAAUUGCAAAGACCAUGGAAGUAAAUUUCAUGGGGCCCAUCAAAAUUAUCAAAGCACUGCUACCUAGCUUACGGCAGAACAUCAAAUAUAAUCUCAAAAAACUAAAGAAAGAUCAAGAUAUCUCUCCUCGCAUUAUCAACAUGACUUCGGUAUUAGGUAGGACGACUUUUCCUUUUUACGGUGCAUUCAGUGCAUCAAAACAUGCUUUGGAAGCCAUGCUUGACACAAUCCGAGUAGAAUUGCUUCCCUGGAAAAUUCACAUAACCAUGAUUGAACCUGGUCCAAUUAAAAGUAGAUUAACACACCCCGAUUUAGUCGAAAUUUCCAAGAAAUUUUUCGCAUCCCCUGAAAUUACGGAGCAAACUUUAACUCUUUAUGGAGAAGAUUACAUCCAGAAAGCAAUCGAAUUUUGGCAAAAAUUGCACUCUGGGCAGGAUAGUCCGAAAGAGAUAGUAAGAACUGUUGUUGAAGCAGUUGAAACAGGAUUUCCUAAAGACCGUUAUGUCGUUGGUACAAUCGCCAGAGUACAUGUUCUGAUGCAUGAUUUUUUACCAAGAUGGGUCACUGAUUUGGCUUGGGGUAGUAUGAUUCGAUUGGUCGGAGUUUGGCCAAAAGAGGUUAAAGAACUAGAAGACGGGGCUAUCGAGGAUAAGACUACCAACUCACCAACGAUGGAGAGGCUUACAAGUUGA